CAGAGACCGCAGCCGCGCGCGCCCCUCCCUGCGGGGUCCCGGCUCGCGGUUGCUGCAUGGGGCGCCGCCGGCGGCCGAGGGAGCGUGACUGCGCUGCGCAGGGCGCUAGGAGGCAUUGUCGCCGUGAGGCUGGCCCCGGGGCUGGCGGCGGGACACCUGAAUCUGCAUGCUGAGGAAGAUGGGUGAGGCUGUGGCCAGAGUGGCGAGGAAGGUCAAUGAGACCGUGGAGAGCGGCUCAGACACCCUGGACCUGGCCGAGUGCAAGCUGGUUUCCUUCCCCAUCGGCAUCUACAAGGUCCUACGGAAUGUCUCCGACCAGAUCCACCUCAUCACGCUGGCCAACAAUGAGCUCAAGUCCCUCACCAGCAAGUUUAUGACAACGUUUAGUCAACUCCGAGCGCUCCGCCUGGAAGGGAACUUCCUGCACCGCCUCCCCAGCGAGGUCAGCACCCUGCAGCACCUCCAGGCCAUCGACCUCUCCCGGAACAAGUUCCAGGACUUCCCCGAGCAGCUGACCACCCUGCCGGCGCUGGAGACCAUCAACCUGGAGGAGAACGAGAUCGUGGAUGUGCCCGUGGAGAAGCUGGCCGCCAUGCCAGCCUUGCAGAGCAUCAACCUCCGCUUCAACCCGCUGAAUGCCGAGGUGCGGGUGAUUGCCCCGCCGCUCAUCAAGUUUGACAUGCUUAUGUCUCCAGAGGGUGCACAGCCCCCCCCACCUUAAGUCCCCCCUCCUCACACCCACCCAGCAAGGGACAGAGGCCACCUGGCCUGGCACCCUGAGGGGCGGGAGUCUCACGCCCGUAGGAAGGCAAAUUUGGCAGCCUGGGGGCGGGUGGGUGGAACCGUGUG